AUGCCACCGCAACCUGAGCUUCCUGAGCCAGCGCAUCCAGACGUCGAUUCGAUGCUGAGCCGUAGGUUUGGAAAGGAAGUCGCGAACUACUUCUCCGGCUCACCGCUAAACCGCGUGGGCUUCCUACGUCCCGACCACCAAUUCCUUUCCUCUGCGCUCCACCACCAAAGCACUACCUUUCUUCUCUUCAACAAACUUGAGCCUCUUCUCAAAUCCAGCACUGAACUCGCGCGCUGCUCUUUCUCAGACGUUAAACCCAUCAUUGGCGAUAACCCGUUUGAGAAAUCGGAAGACGAUGUUAUUGCGCAGUACAACUCGAGUCUCUACAUCCCACAGAUAAUAUUCCUCGGGCUUGACGAGAAGAAAGAAGGCUUCGUAUACAAGGAGCACUACAAAGGCCAGCCAUGGUUCGCCGUCGACGUCACACCGCAGGACAGUGUAAAAGACGAGGCGGAGAAGUUGUUAGAGAAAGUAAAGAGCGAGGGCUUAGAAUUCACGGCCAUUUACGCAGAAGCCCGCCACCUCCUCGACUGGAAUGCCCGAAACCCCUACUGCGCUUCCUGCGGCUACAAAACGCUCUCCGUUAACGCCGGUUUUAAGCGUACAUGCCCUCCGAAAGACAUUGCGUCCGAAGUCAACCAGGGUGAACGCCCGCCUUGCGCUACCAGAACCGGAAUCUCAAACCUCUGCUUCCCCCGUACAGACCCCACCGUCAUCAUGGCUGUAGUGUCUGCCGAUGGAAAGAGAAUUUUGCUAGGACGGCAAAAGAGAUGGCCGCAGUACUGGUACUCUACGCUCGCUGGGUUCCUUGAACCGGCAGAGAGCGUGGAGGAGGCGGUGCGUCGCGAAGUUUGGGAAGAGUCUGGUAUCCAUCUCGGAAGAGUGGUUAUUCAUUCUACGCAGCCGUGGCCGUAUCCCGCCAAUUUGAUGAUUGGCGCUGUGGGCCAGGCGAUUCCCGAGGGAGAGACGAUUCAUUUAGGACAUGAUGCUGAGCUUGAGGAUGCCAAGUGGUUUACGGCGGAGGAAGUGAGGGAAGCGUUGAGGGUAGGUACUAGUGGAUUGGGCGAGGAGGCCGGGUCUGAAUACAAGGAAGGUGGAUUGAGGUUGCCACCCAAGACAGCUAUUGCGAAUCAGCUUAUGACAGCUGUGGUAAAUGGGUUUGCAAGUGGGAGUCCCAUGAUCUAG